AUGGCGCUGGGCAGCGGCCUCGCGGCGUGGUCGCUGCUGCUGGCGCUGCUGGCGGCGGCGCCAGGCCACGCCGCGCGUGUGCGCGGCGCCGGCGCCGGAGCGGUCCACCGCGGCGAGCGCACCCCGCGGGUCGAGAUCCGCAAGCCGCUGACCGACAAGCGGACCUACCUGCACACGACCUUCGAUUCGGGCCUGCGCGUGCUGGUCGUCAGCGACCCCGAGGCGGAGAAGACGAGCUUCGCGGUGGCGGUGGAGGCCGGCUCGCUGGAGGACCCGCCGGCCUUCCAGGGCCUGGCGCACUUCUGCGAGCACAUGCUCUUCCUGGGCUCCCAGAAGUACCCCGACACCGAGGCCUUCUCGUCGACGUUGGCCCUGUACGGAGGCAAGCACAACGCCUACACCGCGGCCGAGGAAACGGUGUACUUCAACGAGAUUAAUAACGACGGCAUCGAGAAAGGUUUGGACAUAUUCGCCCAGUUCUUCAUCUCGCCAACCUUCAAGGAGAAUCCCAAAUGGUCGACAAGGAGAUCCACGCGGUGGACUCGGAGCACAAGAAGAACCAGCCGGACACGCAGCGGCGGCUCUGGCACUUGCUGCGGUCGAGAGCGAACCCCGAGAACCCGAUGCACCAGUUCGCAACCGGGGACCUGGAGACGCUCAAGACGGAGCCUGAGAGGCACGGCCGGAGCCUCGAGGGCGCGCUGA